GAGCAUGCGCAGAGCGUCGCGCCUAACAGCAUAAUAAACCCUUAAGCGCGUUUCGGGGAAUUUAAAUUGGAGCAGUGAGAGUUUCCAAAGACAGAAAGGUUUUCUGUGAAGACUGCAGGGAUGAAUUUCCCUGUGGAUCUCCUGGCUGAUGUCAGCCAGGCAGAGCUGGAACAGUUGGCCCACAACUACAUGAACGACCUCCUCUACAGCAACCCUGAUUCUCCAGAACACCUCACCCUCUCUGACUCCACUCAGGUCACCAUAAACAUUUCCAGUGUUGGCUUCGUCCCUCUGCACGGCCUGAGUGACAAACAGAAGAUCCUGGCCCUCUUCUCUCCCAGGGACUCAAUGACCACUGUGGCUCUGUACCUGCUGGACCGAUGGUGGACAGUGGACGACAUUCUGAAGACAGCAGACCCAGCUCGAGAUGGACCUAUGGAGGUGGAGACAGUAGGAGAGAGGAUAGUUUUAUACAUCCUUAAUCGUGUCAUCUAUAGAGCCAAGGAGAUGAGCACUGAUGAGCUUCCGUUCCUCUGCCAUGGGGAAAACGAUCAUGCAAAAAUCCUCUGGAAUAAAGGAGAGGCUGUUGGCUUCUAUUCAGUCAAACCCUCAGGCAGCUUAUGUAAUCGUUUCUCAACCAGAAGCUAUCUGCUCCCCGUGAUGGACUCCAUAUUUGUCAGAAAAUGUCAGCGUGGUAAAGGCUUUGGUCUCCGGAUGCUGGAGGACUAUGUGCUCAGUUUCAAAGAGGACAAGCUGGGGUUGAGGUACCCCCUCACAAAAGCCAUGUAUAAAGUGUGCAAGAAGUACCUGUUACAGUACCCAGGAGACACAGACCUGCUGUGGGAGGUAGAAAGCAUAGGAGCACCCAACCAGAGGACCAAUAUCGCCAACAAGAUCCAGGGCAUGGAUCUGAGUGCAGUAUCCAGGAGUCUCUCAUUCACAGAGGAUUCCCUUGUGAUGACAGAGGUGACUGAGGAGGAUGUGGUGAUGGAGGCAAUAACCACACAAAUCAAAGAAGCUGAAUCUAUGAAAUGCACAGUUGAAAUUGUGGAGGAAGUGACCAUCCUGAGAGGGACCAAAGUUUUAGCAGUUUCAGAGGCUGACUUGGCGGUUACAGCCCGGGCCAGGAGCGGUGGCUCCAAACGAAGGCAUGUGGGAGAAAAGAUAAUGGAGGACAAGUCAGAAAAAAUGAUCAGAAUCGAGGAUAUUGAAGCAGAAACCCCCAGAGGGGAGCAUGUUUCAGCACAACAGAAGACGGGACUGCAUGAUGUUUCUGACCUGGUGCAGGCUGAGGUGAUGUUCAGUGUGGAACCUGAAGAAAAUGGUGAAGAUGUAGUUGAUACUGCACCUAAAGAAGCAGCAGCGAUGAUGUCGGACACACCAGCCACAGUCUUAGCCUCACAAGACCUAGAAGAAGCUGAUGUUAGACCUACUACUGUGGAGCCACAAGUAGAAGAUGAUGCCACACGUGAUCCAAACAACACCUCCCAUGACUCAAACAUUACAGUUGAGAAUGUGGCAUCAGAAAUUGAGGAAGCAGAGGAAGACACUGCAGUGCUUGUGUCUGAAGAAGUUUUAAAGGAACAGAAAGAAGCAGAGGGAACUCAAGCUGAGGUCACUAAUGAACAGGCAGAAGAAAAAGUUACACAGCAUGUAGUAGAUCUAUCAACACAUGCAACAUCAGAGGGUUGGGAAGUUGGAAAAACAGUAAGAAAUGUUGUAAAAGCCAUAAAAGUACAGAGUGAAACCCCCAGACGGAGAUCUCAGCGGCACACCAAGCUAGAGGUAGAAACUACAUCCCAGGAUGUCGGGAGAGUUUUGAGGCAGAGGACUGUUACAAGCAUUCCCACACCCAAACGUAGGUAUACACGACACAGCCGGAAAGUAAAUGAAGAGUUAGAGAAUGAGGUCAAUGCAUUUGCUGAGAAUGACAGUUCUGCAACUGAAGUUGUACAGGAAUUGGCUGUAACUGAGGGAGAUGAACCAGAGGGAAUCACCUCAAUGAAAGGGGAUGGAGUCGCUGUGGAAGAAUUAAGAGAAGAAGAGGGGACAGAGAAACAAGAGGAGCCAGAAGUGGAAGACACCGAACUGAAGGAGAGCUCCAAAGAGUCUCAAGAUAGAACAGAAGCUAGUGAAGAGAAAACACAUGUAAAGGCAGUGGAUGAACAGAUGGGGAAACAAGGGGAGACUGUUGACAGAACAGAAGAAGAGAUAUCCACGGAGGAAUUAACUGUUGAAGCAGCAGAGGAUGUUAAUUCUCUGACUGAGGUGAACGACGAGGACAUCAGUGAAGUCCAGGAAGACGAAGACAGGAGGACAGAGACUCUAUCGUUUGAAGCAGAUAAGGAGGAAGAAGCAAAUAACAUGAUACACGAGCCUGAAACUGUGUCUGCUGCUUCAGAAACAUUAAUACCUGAUGAAGUAGAAGAGGCUGCAGCACCAGAGGCUGAAGAGGAAAACAACACCAAGCUCCAGACAGACACUCUUCUCUCAUUGGACCUGAAAACAACCUGCCAUCAAAGUGUGAGGGAGGCAGAAGAAACAGGUGAUGAAGAACAAACACCUGAGCCAGAAAUGGUGUUGGAAGAGCAGGAUGAAGGGAAACAGGAAACCAGUCCAGAAAUGAAUGUAAAUGCAACUGUUGAAGAGGACAGUUCUGAUAAAGAAAAGGAAGCUGCUGACAAUGAGAAAGCACCAUUUAUUGAAACAAGAGUCCUGAGAAGUGGAAGAAAGUCAGCCCAGGUAAGCUACCGACAGCAGGAGGAAGACAACAAGGGUGAGAUUAUUACUGAAGAGGAGGUGGAUCACACAGAACCAGUCACUGCUGAGGAAGAAGAAGGAGACAAAAAAGAUCUGGACAAGGAUGCUUUCACACUGACUGAUCCAAUGGAGGAGUCUCAGUCUGCUGACACAGAGGCAGACAUGCAAGCAGUAGAAGAUGCUGAAGAUAAUCUUCCACCAGCUGAGGUAGAUGAGGCUAUGAGAUCGGAAGAGGAAGAAGAACCAGCAGUGACAACAAGAACACUGAAACGGGGGAGAAAAUCAGCUUCUGCCAUACCUAAAAGCAAAUCCAGAAGAACCCGUAAACAAAUACAGGAAGAAGAGCAGAAGGAACCAGAGGGAUCUACAAGUGUAGAGGAAACAGGAGUAGAAGAAGGAGAAGCGGGGCUUGGGUCAGCUGAGGAGCCACAAAUAGAAGAAGAGGAGCAGCAAGUUAAAGAGGAGGAUACAAUAGAGCAGGAGAAGGAGGAACUUGUUCCCUUGUCUGAAGAAGGAACAUUACAGGUACUUACAGCGAGUGAAGAGGAGGCAACACCUUCAGCACAGGAGCAACACAGUCAGGAAACAGCCCCCCAGCUUUCUGAUCUCCAGAGACUGACUGUGGUUUUAGUGGACGUGAACAAAAGCCGUCAUGAUGUCCAGGAAGAAACAGCAGCUGAGGAGGAGGUUCCUGUAGAAAAGACUGCUGAUGAAGCAGAGGUGGAGCAACAGGAAGAAGCAACAAAACAAGAAGAAACAGUGGAAGAUGAGCAUCUUCCUGGUUCCCCUGAUGGAAUAGAAAACACAGAGGGGGAGAAGGUGGUAGAGGAAGAGGAGGGCUCUGGAGAGAAAGUGAAUGAUGCCAUCACAAUAAAAGAAGCUGAGGAAGAGAGAGCUGAGGAGGCAGCUCAAGAAGAAGAGGAUAAAAGUGUUGAUGAUGAUGAUGAGGAGGAGGAGGAGCCUGUCACAGAAACCAGAACACUGAGAAGAAGAAAGAAAGUAGCCAAAACUCCACCAAAACGCAGAUCAACAAGAAACAGACAGAAAAGGGAUGAAGAAGAAAAGCAGGAAAAUUCAGAUGUUAAACAAGAUGAACCAACAGUUGAAGUCAGAGUCCUGAGGAGGGGAAGGAAAUCUGUCCCCAUCACACCAAGAAGAACAACGAAAAGAACACGCAAGCAACUCCAGGAAGAAGAGGAGAAAGAAGAAGAAGAAGAAGAAGAGGGAGAAGAGGAACCUCUAGCCGUUGAGGAGGGAGGGGCAGAGGAGGAAGAGGAACAAGCUGAGAAAGCUGUCACACUGUCAGAGGAGGGACAAGCUGACAGCACUGAGGCAGUCGCACACGAGGACGCAGAAGCUCCAGUUGGGCUAAAUGAUGCUGAGGGAAAGACCUCAGAGGAAGUUGAAGAGGAAGCAGUCACUACGCAAGAAACAGUGGAGGAGGAACAGAGCUUGGAAGAAGAAGAGGCACCAGGUGAAACCAAAGCCUUAAGAAGUAAAGAAACGGCUACACCAAGACGCAGAACACGAAAUAGCAGAAAACAAGUGGAUGAACAAGAAACAGAAAACAGUGAUGAAGAAGAACCAGCAGUUACAACAAGAACACUCCGACGGGGGAGAAUUUCAACUUCUGCCACGCCUAAAGGUAAAUCCAGAAGAGCCCGUAAACAAAUCCAGAAAGAAAAGCAGAGGGAACCAGAGGAAUCUACAAGUGUAGAAGAAGAAGAGGCAGUCAAGGAUGCAGCUGUAGAAGAGAGUGGGGAGACAAUUGAGGAAGAGGUACGAGCUGAUUCUGAAAGGGUAGGGAGUUUAGAGCCAGAAGUAGAUGUGAAGGGUGGAGAAGACGAGGAAGAGGGAGGACAAGAUGAAGUGGAGCAAUCGGAAGCCAUAACUGAGACAGUUGCAGAAACAGAGGUAGAGUUCUCGGGUGAAGAAUGCGAUGAACUACCACGAGUCCCUGUAACUAGAUCUCUGAGAAGCAGUGGAAAGACACAAAAAGCUCCUCCGCGAAUUAGUCCCAGAAUAGGUAGAAAGCAACAAGAUAAAGAGGAGGAGGAGGACGAGGAGGAGGGGGAGGCAACAGGGGCAUCUGAGGAAAACAGUGCAGAUGGAGAGGAACCUCAAGCAGAACCAACAAUUCCAAGAAGUGGAAGCAAGUCUGUUGGUAGAAAUAGCAAACAACUCCAAGAAGAUGUAGGAAGACCAGAGGAAUCAGCUGAAGAGGCAGAAGUAGAGGAGGAAGAAGUGGGGUUGGGAUCAGCUGAAGAGUCUCCAACACAAGGAGAUACUGAACAGAAAGUCCCAGAGGAGGAUGAAAGAGAGGUGAAGGAUGAGCCUAUUCCUGUGUCUGAAGAAGGGAUGAUGACCAAAGAGCAGGAGAACACAGCUGGAGUUACAGCUGCUGCAGAUUAUUUAGUACAAGAAGGAGAAACUGAUACACCAUUACCCAACCCUGACACACACUCAGCCAUACUUACAGCGAGUGAAGAGGAGGCAACACCUUCAGCACAGGAGCAACACAGUCAGGAAACAGCCCCCCAGCUUUCUGAUCUCCAGAGACUGACUGUGGUUUUAGUGGACGUGAACAAAAGCCGUCAUGAUGUCCAGGAAGAAACAGCAGCUGAGGAGGAGGUUCCUGUAGAAAAGACUGCUGAUGAAGCAGAGGUGGAGCAACAGGAAGAAGCAACAAAACAAGAAGAAACAGUGGAAGAUGAGCAUCUUCCUGGUUCCCCUGAUGGAAUAGAAAACACAGAGGGGGAGAAGGUGGUAGAGGAAGAGGAGGGCUCUGGAGAGAAAGUGAAUGAUGCCAUCACAAUAAAAGAAGCUGAGGAAGAGAGAGCUGAGGAGGCAGCUCAAGAAGAAGAGGAUAAAAGUGUUGAUGAUGAUGAUGAUGAGGAGGAGGAGGAGGAGGAGGAGGAGGAGGGGCCUGUCACAGAAACCAGAACACUGAGAAGAAGAAAGAAAGUAGCCAAAACUCCACCAAAACGCAGAUCAACAAGAAACAGACAGAAAAGGGAUGAAGAAGAAAAGCAGGAAACUUCAGAUGUUAAACAAGAUGAACCAACAGUUGAAGUCAGAGUCCUGAGGAGGGGAAGGAAGUCUGUCCCCAUCACACCAAGAAGUACAACAAAAAGAACACGCAAGCAACUCCAGGAAGAAGAGGAGAAAGAAGAAGAAGAAGAAGAAGAAGAAGAGGGAGAAGAGGAACCUCUAGCCGUUGAGGAGGGAGGGGCAGAGGAGGAAGAGGAACAAGCUGAGAAACAGACAUUUGAUCAGGACAAGGGACUUGAAGAAAAGGAUUCAGCUGAACAAGUAGAAAAUAUAGAAACAGGAACUGGUGGAGAAGAAGUGGGUACUGUGGCACAGGAAGCUGUCACACUGUCAGAGGAGGGACAAGCUGACAGCACUGAGGCAGUCGCACACGAGGACGCAGAAGCUCCAGUUGGGCUAAAUGAUGCUGAGGGAAAGACCUCAGAGGAAGUUGAAGAGGAAGCAGUCACUACGCAAGAAACAGUGGAGGAGGAACAUUAUGAGGCAGGAAGGAAAUGUACAGAAAGACAUGAGGAGGAGGCAACUGGAGAGAAAAGCUCGGAAGAAGAUGAAUCGGCAGUAGAAACAAGAGUUCUGAGGAAGGGAAGAACGUCUGCUCCUGUCCAGCCUAGACGAACAUCAAAAAGAGCCCGCACACAGUGUCGGCCAGAGGACGAGGGAGAAGAAGAAACUACUCCAGCUAAAAAGGUGCAAGUAGAGGAAACCACAGCAGUGCAGGAAGAAGCUGAAGAAAUAGAGCAAAACAAAAAUGAGCUCACUGAAGAAAAGAAUCAGGAGGAAGCUGCAGCUCAGAAAGAACAAAAUUCAGAGCCAGAAGAUAAUCAUGUCGAGACAAACCUUGAAGAUGAGCCAGCAGCAGAAACAAGAGUUCUGAGGAAGGGAAGAAGGUCAGCUCCUGCUAUACCAAGACGUAAAUCCAAACGUGCCCGCACACAGCGUCAGCCAGAGGAUGAGGGAGAAGAAGAGCCUGCUCCUGCUGAAGAGACUUUUGGAGAGGAAGAAGAGGCAGGGCCAGAAUCAGAAGAGACGGGAGAGAACGCUGCGGAGAUGGAGGUGAAGGAAGAUGAAGAUGUGGAAGAGGAAGAAGGUGAGAAUCUGGCAGGGGUGGAAUCUGCUGAGGAUGCAGAGAAACUGAAUGAUGACUCAACGGAGGAAACGGCAAUGCUUGAAAAGGAGGACAACAGCCUGGAAGCUGUGGAUGAACGUGGUAGUGACCUGGUCAGAGCAGAAGAGGUAAACUCUGCUGUGGAAGAGGACAUCACACUGACACAAGGGUCUCUCACUGCUGUUGCUGAAGGAGAACCUCUUGAUGAAGAUGAAUCUGAGGUGAUCGAGGAAAAAGCUCCAGCUGUAACAACAGGAACUUUAAACAGUUCUCCUUCACAAGCAUCCAGAAGACAGAAAGGCCAAGGUGUGGUAGAGACUCAGCAACAGGUAGAGGAAGACCCUGAGGACGAAGAAACACAAGAAGUACAUCCACUGACUGAUGAUUUACCUGAAAUCGGAGAGCUACAUUCAAAAGAACAAACCGAGACCGCUGAAUCAUCACUUGCUGGACAAAAGGCAGCGCCUCCAGCUGAAAGUGGUGCAGAGGAGCAGGCAAAAGAAGAAAUGGAUUCACCAGAGAAAGAGCCAUCAGAAGAUGUUACUGUCAACUCCUCAGAAGGAAGAAGUCUCAGAGAGAGGGUGAAAUCUGUGGCAGCACAAGAAAAAUUGGAAACACUUCCAAAACGAAGGUCCAGCCGGAAAAGAUCAAGAGUGAAUUACCAGGAAACUGAUGAGGAAGAUGAGGGAAGUGGGACUGAGACAGCCACCAAUAAAGAGGAAGAGGAUGAAGUGGAAUCAGAUGUGGACCAAGACAACAAGAAAGCUGAAUCUUCUGCUGAUGAACCAGAGCUGGAGGAAAACAGCAGAGAGGACGAUUUAGAGAAUAACUUGGGAGCUGUUGAGGCUACUAGUGAGAAGGGGGAUGCCAUAAAUUUAGCUUUAGAUACAGAUGACGAGGUAGAGAUGGCAGGUUCAAGCCAGGAGAGUGAGGAAGAUGAGCAGAAUAUGUUGGAGGAAGAGGAUGAGCCUGUAGUGAUUGGAAAGAGAGUUUUAAGAGGGAGGUCAAUUCCUUCAGUAAUAAUCACACCCCACUCUAAAUCUAGACACCGCCGUGCUAAAGAUCACAAGUCAGAGGAGUCUGAUGAAGACAGUGUUCAGUCAGCUCAGAAGAGAAGUCUCCGCAAGAGAAAAAGCACUGAGGUAACACCUGCUCGCAAGUCUAAGCGUCUCAGCAGAGUUUAGGAUGUUCUUAAUACGUCUGACAUUGACACAGAAUGGAUAAAGUAGUACAGUCACAAAAGUGGAAAAAAGCCAGAUCAAAAAUUCCAACUUGUCAUGCUUAAUGUUUCUCUAGUCAGGCCCUUUGUAGUGUGCAGGUUCACAUUGUUCAGUUGAAUUGAGAUUAGCAUUUUUGCUCACCAAGGGCCGAGUUGCAACUUUUGAAAGAAGCAAUCACACAUUUUUUCUCUUGAAAUUUUGAUAAUAAAACAUUAAAACCUACACUCUCUGUAUUCAGCAAACUCAGGAGUUCUGCUGCUCCACCUAACUUGGAUGCCCAUGAUCAGUAACUUAUAAUGUUAAACUGUGGCUGAUGCAAACUUUAGAUACUAUAGAUAUGAACUGAGUUCACCUGCCUAUCACUGAUUCUCCUCUACUUAUGCUACUUAACAACCAAUCACACCUGGGCUCACCUAGCCUUAGCAACCAACAUGAAGGCCUGUUGGAUCAACAACCCACAUGUGGUCCCAGCGACUCUUAAACUCAGAGCUCACACGUGUCCUUAACGACUCUGUAAGGACACUCCCACACAGAGUUUAAAAGCCUGCAACUCCCCUCCAGUUAGUUAGCACUAAAGAAGCCUCUUGGAUGAGACAUGAAAUGUCUACAAGAAACUGAAACAAGUCCGGUUGCCUAUGACACAGCACAUACAUACUGCCACAAAUACCAUUAUCAUUAUCUUGUAACCUCUGAUAGAGCUGCUCAGGUGUGUGUGAGCUGGCUGGCUACACUGGAUGCUUGUGUCGUGUCUUGCUGCUACAGAGCAGCUCCUGUCUGUUAACAUACAUUUUGGCUUUGAUAAUUAUCAGUAAAUAUGAUGACAUGAUGUUCCUCUACCACUGUUGAAAGAGCAAGAAUGUGCAAUGGGGAAAGAGAUGGAGAGAACAUAAUGAAAGUGCACAAGAAGUCGAAAAUGGGCGAGUGUCCAAAUCUCUAGAUAAAGCACUGUUGCAUGAUGCCACUGUGGCCGCUUUAACCUGUUAACAUGGAUGCCAAAAUGAAAAGCAAGACAUGCCACACACAUGCACUGCUCAUGCAUCCAGUGUGGCCCUAUGACCCUGAAAAACAUAAGUUGCUAUAGAUAAUCAACAGUGUUAUCCUGUGGCCAGACAUGGCCAGAGGGUGCAGGCACAGGGGCAACAAUAGCAUCCAAUAAAAUUGUAAACCUGGCUAAACAUUUACUGUAAUGCUUAGUAUGCGUAUUGCUUAGACCAACCAAAAAUGUGCAAGCACACACUCCUUAACUUGUCAAGAUGGAAGAUAAAAUGAUUGUUUUAUAUCUGAUAAUUGUAACCUGCCCGAACUUUGUUUAGAACUGUACUUAAAAUAUUCAUUAUCAUAAUUGAAAGACUGAUGAUGAUGUAAGGGUACAGAAAUUUCCCAAAGUUAAAGUAUAAAAGUACUUUCAACAUGUUGAGUUUGUUGACGUCUGCACACAAACACACAUGAAAGGGACUCUUGACUUUUUUCCUAAAAGCCAUAAUUUGCGAUUCAAUAAGAAUUCAUACAAGUGACAAAUUAAUAUUUUUAUAUUGUAAAUAUUUUCCUAUAUUUCAUAGAAAUGUGAAUGUGUAGUUUGCAUAGUGUAGUGGCUGAAGGUAAGGCUUUCAGUCACUUGUUGUUUGAGAUUCUGGCAUCAAAUCUUUCAGCGAUUUUACUCCAAAACAUAAAACAAGAUCCAAUUACAAAUAUGGUGACAUCAAAUUAAUUGGUCUCAUUUAUUUCUUUCAAAUCUGCUGAACUGACUGUUACUGUACAAAAAAAAAAAAACUUUGAUUCAUUUUUUUUAAAGAAUGGAUUUAUUUUUAUGUAAAAAAUAAUUAAAAUAAAACUACCAAAACACAUUUUGCUUUGCACCUAUCAACUGAGAACUCAGGUCUUAGUAUUAAAAUGUUAUUUUUUGAUAUACAUUUUGCAUAUAGAGAUCCAACAUGGAGACCUGCGGGUGUUAAUGUACAUCUAAAAUGUAAUCCACUCACGUCUGUUAAACUUUUCACCCACUUAAUGAACUUAAUCAUUAUAGCUUGUAGAAAGGAUAGUUUUUUAUGCCCUCAUGUAACCAACAUCCUCGAUCAUGUAUCGUUGUUUUUAAUGUUGUGAUAUUAUUUAGUCAACAUUUUACACUGUGUCAACAAUGUUAGUGUGACUUUAAAAUAGUCUUUCAUAAAUGUAUGUGUGCUUAAUAGCAGUGGUCAUUUGAAGACAUUAACUACAUUUAUUUUUCUUUUGAUAAUGUUUUGUGUGGACUGACCCCUCUCUCUAAGCUAAAAUGUAUUUUUUGUGGCAAAUAAAGAUUUUUGAACCUUGUUUUCAAA